GAUUAAUAUUUGAUCAUCUUGAAAGUGACGGUUUUUAUGGUUCUCCUGUGACACCCUAAUUCAAAUGAAAUUGUAAAAUGGCUGAUUUAGAAGUUGUUCAGAAAAGACGAGAAGAAUGCGAGCGAAAAGCAAGGCGAGGGGAGAUGGACCCCCGGCUGGAGUUCACCUUCCAACUCCUGAUCGACGGUACCGGCCUCCCCCGACAUGCGAUCAUGGACCAUGUAUUCGAAGGGAAUAUGCUGGAUGAUAUCAAUCAAUUGUUCCUCCCGCAUAUGAGGAAUAAAUUGCUCUGGUACUACCAAGACGUUCAAGAGGUGGAACAACGACCUCAGCCAGAAGGGACUAAAUCGAGACAGCAAGGCCAGGGAAAACAACCACCUCCCCUCAUAACCGUGAAGAGGAAACUCUUUCUAUCCGACGGUUGGGACGUAAAGUUUACGGGAGUGUGCAUUUAUAUGUUUCGUAUAAAUGUAAGCAAACAGUUGCCGGAAGAGGGAUUUCAUAAGGAUUUAUUCUGCGGCAUACUAAACGCAGAACGAGUGGGCCUGGUGACCGCUAUCGAGCGAGUCAUGGAACAUGUCUACAUGAGUGCACUGGCUCACCCUAGCACUGACGGCGAUGAAGAUGAAACACGUUUCCCUAUCGUCAAAAAUCAACUGCUACCCGGCUUGAGGUCCUUUUGCAGUGCCUUAAAAGUAUGCGAAGAGGUGUGCAGUACAAUCAACUUAUUUGAUGAUGGGCAAGCACUCAUGGCGAAUCUAAACGAUCAAGCCGAAUUGAAGGAAAUGAUCAAAAACUCUAGCACUAUCACCACUCUGGAGGAAAGAGUCAAUGAAUGGAUUAAAAAGAUAAUGGAGAUACUGAGUGAAAGCGAACAGCUGAGAAGAGAAGUAGAUUCCAGUGGGCCACAAGAUGAACUGGAGUAUUGGAAAAAGAGAGGAGCGCAGUUUUCUCAACUUGUCUCAUAUCUACAGAACGACGAGGUUCAACUGACUCUAACGUGCUUACAACUUGCUAACUCCAAAGUAAUAAAGGUGUGGCGGGAUACGGACCAUAAGAUUACUUUCUGUUACAAUGAAGCGAAGGAUAACGCUAAAUUCAUUCAAGCCAUGGAGAAAUGCUGUCACUCUUUAUAUUUGGACGACCCUGUUAAGAUAAAAGAUUCUAUAUUGAGUUUGCUUCAAACGGUCAGACUGAUUCAUAGCGUCUCGCAGUUUUACAAUACAUCUGAAAGAAUAUCGUCUUUAAUGGUCAAAAUAACUAAUCAAAUGAUUGAAACAUGCAAACAGUAUAUAACGUGUCGUUUUAAAGAGACCAUUUGGUCACAAGAACGUGACUUGGUGAGAGAAAAGUUGAUACACUGCACGAACCUAAAUAAAACUUACAGGGACAUAUACACUUUUGUGAAAAAUCAACCCUUUCUACCUAAUACAGAACAGUUUAGUUUUUCCGAGAACUACGUGUUCGGCAAAUUCGAUACGUUUUGCAAGAGGCUUAAUAAAAUAAUAACCAUGUUUGACUUGAUGGAUGAUUACAAUCAUUUGUUCGAGAAGCGAAUGGAGGGACUGCUUUUGGGUGAAGAUCUCGAAGAUGCAAUGCAUUCUUUUAACGAAGCAAAGAAAGCAGUCACAUCCUGUCAGUAUGAUUAUCUCGACUAUAGAAACGGUGAAUUUGAUAAAGACUAUCAAGCUUUCGAAGAGAAAACGAAUAAUCUCAAGGAAUCUAUUGGGAAUACCAUUGAAGUAAACUUUUCUAGCGUGUGGGAGACGCCGCAGGGAAUCAAGUUUCUUACUAGAUUUGAAAAGGUUAGCCAGAAAAUACAAAUAACAAAACUAUGCGAGAAAUAUGAUAGAGUUUUAAAGUACAGUGAAAAGGAAGUGGACAAAAUAAUGAAGAUGUUCAAAAGGCAAAAAGACGAUCCUCCAUUACCUAGAAACUAUUCGCCUGUUGCUGGUCGCAUAAAAUGGGCGAGGUGCCUGAUGUACAACAUGACGGAGACCGUGGAGAGCGUGAGCGCGCACCCCGUGCUGCGCGCGCUGCCCACCGCUGGUGACAUGAUGCGCAAGUACUGCGCCACGCGCACGCUCAUCCGUAACUACGAACAGACCAUGCGCGCAGUGUGGAUGAACCAAAACCUAUGGGAUGUAGAUGACAGUCUAAACAAUUCUCUACUGAAAAUAGAUGACUCCGGUCGGAUUAUUGUCAACUUGGAUCAUACGAUCAAAUUACUGAUUAGGGAGUCGGACUGCCUUGUGAAAAUGGGCCUGGAAUUGCCCAUCGUUUGUCACUCACUGUAUGCAAAGAACAAUUACUUCACACUUGUGAACGACUCCUUACAGUUUCUAUUAGAAGAUUAUCUACGUACAGUCCGGCAAGUAAAACUCGAAGUGCGGCCGCUUCUUUUGCCUCAAGUGGUACGGCUUUCUUCCCUAUUACUUCCCGGCCUCCGCACGGUGUUCUGGACGAGCGAGGAUUGGAAGGAGUUCAUUGACCGUGCUAACUCUGCUAUAAAGAGCUUCGAUGUGCUAGUGACUAGAGUACACGACAUCUACACCAAUAGGAUCAUUUAUAUGCUGUCGGGGAUGCAAGAAGUCACUUUACUUUCUCUACCAGAGGAAACCCCCUGGUCUGUGGAUGAGUUUAUAGAACAUGUAGAAAGUGGUUGCCGAAGUGCGUGCGUAGAACUUAAUAGAAAAAGUUUAAUGGUGGAAGAAGCAGUAGAAGAAGUGCUGGAUCUCGUAAAGAAGGCGGCCCAACAAGCCCAACCGAUAGAGAUCAAUCCGGACUUUGAGUUUCUCAUUGCAGAUGAUGAUGCUCAAAUAACCAGCGCUGCAGUGUCGACUAUGAACGAGUCGACUACCAGCGGCCAGCAAGACUGGUCCGCCGUGUGGGAAUGUUUCGAAAGCCCACAUCGGUUGCUAUCCGUACCAGCUGGGGGGCUUUCUAAGGGCAUGCAGGAAAUGGUUAAGAAUGCAGUGAGCGAAAUGCGACGCUACUACAGUCGGAAGGUCAUCGAUGUGCUGAUAAAGGUCACUAGGCGCGCCCUGGAUCUUAUCAUUAAGCAGUUCACACAGGACGAGUUUACGGCAAAUAUUUCGAAACGCCCUAUUUUCCUUCUGCAAGCUACCCUCCUUAUACCAAACGUAUCCGUGAAUCCAACUUUAGAGGAGAUUCAAGAUGUUCUAGUAUUAGCCGGAAAACAUGUAUCAGGAUUAUCGAAAGGAGUUGCCCAGUGGACCGGAGGAAAACCUCCAAAGGUGGGUUGGAAGACACUAGCCGGUCACCAACCGAAACAACUAUUUGAAGUAGUCACGAAGCUUGACGGGCAGGUUCAAUCAAUGUCGGUGCCUAUAAAUAUGGCUCAAAAGUCAAUGAAGAUGGUGGACGCGGCAAGACACAGAAGAAAGAAAUAUUAUAGACUAGAGUCGGAAGAGAAGCCAGUUUUCCCUUUUCAGCAGAAAAAUUUUUAUAAUCACAUAAUGGAAAAUAAAGAAAUUAUGAAAACACUUACUCUGUUAUCCAUGUGCACAUCACACGUUAAAUCGGAAUUAAAUACCCUUGUAAAACGUUGGCGUCCUUACCACUAUUUAUGGAAAUGUGAAAAAACGUUACGUCAGUUGCUGGCUUGGAACCUCAAUGAUUUUGAGCUUGCCUUAAAAAGACAUAGUGAAUUAGAAGCAAAACUAGCCACUGAACCCGACGUACUUAUAAUUGGAAACUGUCUGGCAGUUUCAACAGAAAAACUAAAAUUGGGACUUAACACAGAACUCAAAAAUGGAACUUUCAAGAUAAGUCAAGCAAUGCGUAAGAAAUACAAACGAGAAAUGGAUUACGUGUACGCAAUUAUGAACGAUUUAGAACGUAAGCUGGAAAGACCUAUACGUGAUUUAGAUGAUGUAAGAACAGUAAUGGAAACAUUGAAGAAAAUAAGAGAACAAGAAGUAGAUAUGGAAUUGAAAAUCGAUCCGGUUGAAGAAGCAUUUAACGUUAUAACGAGAUACGAGCUCCCAGUCAGCAAAGAAGAUAUGGAACAAGUUGACAACCUUCGCUACAGCUGGCAACAGCUGCAAGCCACUGCACUCGCAUCUCAUGUUCAGUUACUUACAAUGCAACCUCAAUUCGAAGACGACCUUCAGAACAACUUGGACAGGUUCAGAGAAGAUAAUGCUGAAUACUGUCACGAGUACAGACACGCAGGGCCAAUGCAACCAGGAUUAAGCCCGAGAGAGGCUUCCGAUCGUUUAAUAUUGUUUCAGAAUCGUUUUGAUGGAAUGUGGCGCAAACUUCAAACAUAUCAGAAUGGUGAAGAGCUAUUUGGUUUACCACACACUGAGUAUCCAGAACUUGCGCAAAUAAGAAAGGAAUUGAAUCUUUUGCAAAAGCUUUACAAAUUGUACAACGAUGUUAUCGAUAGAGUCAGUAGCUACUAUGAUAUACCGUGGGGAGAAGUUAAUAUUGAGGAGAUAAACAACGAACUAAUGGAAUUCCAGAAUAGAUGCAGGAAAUUACCUAAGGGACUUAAAGAGUGGCCAGCUUUCUAUGCUUUAAAGAAAACUAUUGAUGAUUUCAACGAUAUGUGCCCACUGCUCGAACUAAUGGCAAAUCGGGCUAUGAAACCUCGCCACUGGCAACGUAUAAUGGAAGUGACCAAAUACAUUUUUGAACUAGAAAAUGAAGACUUCUGUCUGAAAAAUAUUCUAGAGGCACCAUUAUUACAACAUAAAGAAGAUAUCGAGGAUAUUUGUAUAUCAGCGAUGAAGGAAAAGGAUAUAGAAGCAAAGCUUCGGCAAGUCACAAACGAAUGGUCGGUCCACGAGCUUACAUUUCAAACGUUUAAUAAUCGCGGGGAGUUGCUUCUCAGAGGCGAUACAACAGCGGAGACGAUAGGCCAACUAGAGGAUAGUCUAAUGAUACUUGGCUCUUUGUUGUCUAAUCGUUACAAUGCACCGUUUCGAAAACAAAUACAACAGUGGUUAUAUGAUCUUCAAAGCACCAAUGAAAUUCUAGAACGCUGGCUUCUUGUUCAGAACAUGUGGGUGUACCUCGAGGCAGUAUUCGUUGGUGGCGAUAUCGCAAAACAGCUUCCGAAGGAGGCCAAAAGAUUUUCCAAAAUUGACAAGUCUUGGCAGAAAAUAAUGCAGAGAGCACACGAAACCCCUGGUGUAGUUUCUUGUUGUGUCGGUGACGAUCUUUUGAGGCAACUGUUGCCACAUCUACAAGAACAAUUAGAGCUUUGUCAAAAAAGCUUGAGUGGUUACCUUGAAAAGAAGCGCACGAUGUUUCCACGGUUUUUCUUUGUAUCCGAUCCAGCUUUGCUUGAAAUUCUCGGUCAAGCUUCAGAUUCUCACACUAUACAAAACCAUCUUUUGUCGAUUUUCGAUAACAUAAGAUAUGUUAAAUUCCACGAUAUAGAAUAUAACAAAAUGAUAGCAAUAGUAUCCUCUGAAGGGGAAGAAAUCAGACUUGAACGACCAGUGCGCGCAGAAGGCUCUGUGGAAACGUGGCUCACGUCUCUUUUACAAUCUGCGCAGAGCAGUUUACAUUCCAUAAUUCGUAAUGCGGUAUCAAUUAUCAAUGAUCCAGGCCUCAAUCUACUUUUGUUUCUCGAUAAAAUGCCAGCACAGGUUGGAUUACUUGGCAUCCAAAUUAUUUGGACCAGAGAUGCAGAGCUCGCAUUAAUGCAAGCACGACAGGAUAAGAAGAUAAUGAUAGACACAAAUAAUAAAUUUUUGGAACUUUUAAAUACCCUCAUAGAUCAAACGACGAGGGACUUAACGAAAAUUGAACGUACAAAGUUCGAAACUCUCAUUACUAUACACGUUCAUCAAAGAGAUAUUUUUGACAUGUUGUGUCGUUUGAAUGUUCGAUCCGCUAAUGACUUUGAAUGGUUGAAACAAUGCCGGUUUUAUUUUAAAGAGGAUGCCGAUAAAACUUGGAUAUCAGUUACUGAUGUUAUAUUCGCUUACCAAAAUGAAUAUUUGGGAUGUACUGAAAGACUUGUUAUUACGCCUUUGACAGACAGAUGCUAUAUAACCUUGGCACAAGCAUUAGCAAUGAGCAUGGGUGGCGCACCCUGUGGGCCCGCAGGGACUGGGAAGACAGAGACUGUGAAGGAUAUGGGGAAAACUCUCGCCAAAUACGUCGUCGUUUUCAACUGUUCCGAUCAAAUGGACUACAGAGGUCUUGGGCGUAUUUAUAAAGGAUUAGCACAGUCUGGCUCGUGGGGUUGUUUCGACGAAUUCAACCGCAUAGAGCUACCAGUUCUUUCAGUCGCAGCUCAACAAGUUGCCGUGGUUCUCUCUGCUAAGAAAGAGAAGAAAAAAACGUUCCUUUUCACAGACGGCGAUAUGUCGGAAAUGUGUCCAGAGUUCGGAAUAUUUAUUACAAUGAAUCCUGGCUAUGCGGGCCGUAAGGAGCUUCCUGAAAAUUUAAAAAUACAAUUUCGCACCGUGGCAAUGAUGGUGCCAGAUCGUCAAAUUAUCAUAAGAGUUAAACUAGCGUCUUGUGGUUUUCUUGAAAAUAUUACUUUGGCGCGAAAAUUUUAUACAUUGUAUAAACUAUGUGAAGAACAGCUUACGAAACAGGUUCACUAUGACUUUGGUUUACGAAAUAUUCUUUCCGUGUUGCGUACUCUUGGAGCUGUAAAGCGAGUAAAUACAAAAGAUAACGAAAGCACCAUUGUAAUGAGAGUUCUGAGAGACAUGAACUUAUCGAAACUUAUCGAUGAAGACGAACCUUUGUUUAUAUCGCUUGUAGCAGAUUUAUUUCCAAAUCAAGCUUUAGAGAAAACAACAUAUUCUGAACUGGAAGAUGCCGUAAGAAAACAAGUCGAUCUAACCGGACUAAUUUAUCACCCACCUUGGGUCUUAAAAAUAAUUCAGUUGUAUGAAACUCAACGCGUGCGCCAUGGCAUAAUGACACUGGGACCUCCAGGUGCUGGGAAAACUACGUGCAUACAAACUUUAAUGGAAGCGCUGUCAGAUAUUGAGGAUCCACAUCGAGAGAUGCGUAUGAACCCAAAAGCAAUAACGGCUGCGCAAAUGUUUGGUCGAUUAGAUGUCGCAACUAAUGAUUGGACUGAUGGUAUUUUCUCCGCUUUAUGGAGGAAAACACUUAAAAUUAAAACUGGAGAGCAUAUAUGGCUAGUGUUAGACGGACCGGUUGACAGUAUAUGGAUAGAAAAUUUAAACUCCGUGCUGGAUGAUAAUAAAACUUUAACAUUAGCAAAUGGUGAUCGCCUGACUAUGUCGCCUACAUCUAAGAUAAUAUUUGAACCUGAAAACAUUGAUAAUGCAUCCCCUGCCACUGUUUCAAGAAACGGAAUGGUAUACAUGAGUGCUUCAGGAUUAGAUUGGGAACCAGUUUUAAAUGCGUGGCUUAAAUCUAGAUCACCAAGAGAACUAGAAGUGUUUAGUACUUUGUUUCAAGAAACUUUUCUAACCACGUACACCUGGUGCACGCAAAAUCUGACAUUUAGUAUGCGAGUUCUACAAAGUAAUAUUAUAAGCCAAAUGCUGGAUUUAUUAGAAGGAUUGGUACCACCACAAAUUGAAGAAGUGGAAGAGCCUUCUGCAAGUAAAUCUGUUAAUGGUGAUAUUGACGAUGAGGAUGAAAAAGAAAAGGUUGAAGAAAUUGAAUUAUUCACACAUGAGCAUCUACAUAAAAUUUACGUUUUUACAUUAGUUUGGGGCUUCGGAUCUCUAUUGGAGACAGAGGAUAGAUUUCGUUUCGAUACCUUCAUCAAAACCACAUUUAAAACAGUUCUUGAUUUACCAAAGCAUCCUAACAACAAAUCGAGUAUACUUUUCGACUUUUAUGUAAAACAUCCUGGCAAGUGGGUGUUAUGGGAUGAUCUAAUGACAAAUUAUGUUUAUCCCGACGUAGCAACUCCCGAUUACUCGAAUAUCCUUGUACCUAUCGUGGAUAAUGUUCGGAUUAAUUAUCUCAUCCAUUGCAUUGCCAAGCAAGGAAAAGCAGUAUUACUUUUGGGCGAACAAGGAUCAGCCAAAACUGUUAUGAUGAAAGCAUAUAUGAAAAACGCUAAUCCAGAGCAGUUUAUGGGACGAUCUUUCAAUUUUUCUUCGGCAACUAGUCCAUAUCAGUUUCAAAAAACAAUUGAAAGCUAUGUAGAAAAACGUAGUGGAAUGACAUUUGGACCGCCAGGAGGGAAGAAAAUGCUAGUUUUCAUAGAUGACAUCAAUUUACCCCAAAUUAAUGAGUGGGGAGAUCAAAUCACCAAUGAAAUUGUAAGACAAACGAUGAGUAUGGGUGGGUUCUAUAGUUUAGAGAAGCCUGGUGAUUUUACUACUAUUGUCGACAUUCAGUUUUUAGGAGCUAUGGGUCAACCAGGCGGUGGUAGGAAUGAUAUUCCAUCAAGAUUAAAACGUCAGUUUUCAAUAUUCAAUUGUCCUUUGCCUAAUAAAGAAUCUAUCGAUAAAAUUUUCAAAGUAAUUGGUGAGGGGCACUACAACGCCAAGAGAGGUUUUACCGCCGAAGUGAGAUCACUAAUUAAAAAAAUAAUUCCUUUAACUAGGGAAUUAUGGACGAGUACCCGUAAGAACUUAUUACCAACUCCUGCAAAAUUUCACUAUGUAUUUUCCUUGCGAGAUUUAUCAAGAGUGUGGCAAGGAAUGGUAGGCACGUUACCAAGUGUAAUUGAAUCAGAAAAAUGUUUGAUGCUUUUGUGGAAACACGAGUGUUCAAGAGUAUUUUUAGAUCGAUUUACUCAUCAAUCCGAUAAAGAAUGGUUUAAUAGUGCUCUGUACAGUAUUUCUGAGGAACUAUUAGGACCGGAAUACAAAAAAAUGAUGGAAGCGGAUCCUGUAUUUGUGGACUUUAUGAGGGAUGCUCCUGAACCUACAGGAGAAGAAGGCGAAGAUGCCGAUAUGGAAUUACCUAAAGUUUAUGAACCAGUUUUCGACUACUCUGAAUUAAGAGACCGAUUAGAAAUGUUCCUUUCUCAGUUUAAUGAAAUGGUUAGAGGUUCAGGAAUGGACCUUGUAUUCUUUCCAGAUGCUAUGUUGCACUUAGUAAAAAUAUCAAGAGUGAUACGUCAUCCUAGGGGAAAUGUAAUGUUGGUUGGCGUAGGAGGUUCAGGCAAACAGUCCUUAACAAAACUAUCAACAUUUAUAGCAGGAUAUCGAUCUUUCCAAAUCGCUUUGACGAGGUCUUACAACGUCGGUAACUUUUUAGAAGAUCUAAAGUUGCUUUAUAGAUCUUGUGGUGUUCAGGGAAAAGGCACAACGUUUAUUUUUACUGACUUGGAUAUCAAAGAAGAAGGGUUUUUAGAAUACUUGAACAAUAUUUUGUCCUCAGGCGUAAUAUCUAAUUUAUUUACAAAAGAUGAGCAACAGGAAAUAGUUUCAGAGUUGACUCCCAUUAUGAAACGCGAGAAUCAGAAACGAACUUUAACGAAUGAACUAGUGAUGGAAUAUUUUUUGAACAGAACCUGCCAAAACCUUCAUGUAGUUUUAUGUUUCUCUCCUGUAAGUGAAGCUUUUAGAUACCGAGCUUUACGAUUUCCAGCCCUUAUUUCUGGUUGUACUAUUGAUUGGUUUCAACCAUGGCCAAAAGAUGCACUUGUUGCAGUAGCCGACCAUUUUCUUACUGAUUUCGAAAUAGAAUGUACGAAAGAAGUUAAGAAAGAACUCGUAACGGUUCUUGGGACAAUCCAAGAUGUUGUAUCUACUGUUUCUACUGAGUAUUUUCAAAGAUUUCGCCGCUCAUCACAUGUCACUCCCAAAUCUUAUCUCAGUUUUAUUGGUGGUUACAAAACAAUAUAUCAGAUGAAGCAGAAAGAGUUGGGAGAUGGCGCUUUGAGAAUGGAUACCGGUUUAGAAAAAUUACGCGAAGCAUCGAUUUCCGUCGAAGUUUUAAAGAAAGAUCUGGCUGUAAUGGAACAAGAUUUAGCAUUAGCUUCAGAAAAAGCAGACCGCGUUCUUUCAGAAGUUACAGACAGAGCAAUGCAAGCAGAAAUUGUGAAAAACCAAGUACAAAUUGUUAAAGAAAAAGCUGAAGCAUUAGUAGCUUACAUAGCAGAAGAAAAAGAAAAGGCUGAAAGGAAAUUAGAAGCAGCUAAACCUGCAUUAGAAGAAGCUGAAGCUGCCCUCAAUACGAUCAAACCUGCACAUAUAGCUACUGUCAGAAAAUUAGGUCGUCCACCACAUCUCAUCAUGAGAAUAAUGGAUUGCGUUUUGAUUCUCUUUCAACGUCGACUGCAUCCCUUAAUACCAGAUACGGCUGCUCCAUGUCCUAAACCAUCUUGGGCAGAAUCUCUCAAAAUGAUGGCCAGUACUACUUUUUUGUUGCAACUUCAAAACUAUCCAAAAGACAUCAUCAAUAACGAAAUGGUGGAACAUCUUACUCCUUAUUUUGAAAUGGAGGAUUACAACAUGGAUACAGCAAAACGGGUGUGUGGAGACGUAGCCGGUUUGCUAUCCUGGACCAAAGCUAUGGCAUUCUUUCACAGUGUUAAUAAAGAGGUUUUACCUUUAAAGGCCAGCUUAAUGUUGCAAGAAGCAAGGUUAAAGGUGGCAAUGGAAGAUUUAGCAUCUGCGGAAAGGCAGUUAGAAGAUCGUGAAAUGUCUUUGAGGAAAGUGAAAGAUCAGUACGAAGCUGCCGUAUCAGAGAAGCAGCAGCUUACAGACGCUGCAAAUAUAUGCUUGCGGAAAAUGACGGCAGCAACUCAACUUAUAAAUGGACUAGGUGGUGAAAAAAUUCGAUGGACUCAACAAAGUAAAGACUUUAAAGAACAACUAGGUAGAUUGGUAGGUGAUGUAGUUCUUGCCACCGGAUUCUUAUCGUAUUGUGGCCCUUACAAUCAAGAAUUUAGGAAUAGCUUAUUCAAUACUUGGAUGGAUAUAUUGAAAAGCAAAAAAAUUCCUGUAACAGACAAUUUAAACAUCACAAACAUGUUAGUUGAAAAUGCAACGAUAUCUGAAUGGACACUUCAAGGUCUCCCAAAUGACGAGUUAUCUGUUCAAAAUGCACUUAUUGUUACUAAGUCUAGCUCAUAUCCACUUUUAGUAGAUCCACAAAGUCAAGGAAAGAAUUGGAUAAAAAAUAAAGAAUCCUCAAAUGAGUUACAAAUUACGUCAUUAAAUCAUAAAUAUUUCCGAACUCAUCUAGAAGACAGUUUAUCAUUAGGAAGGCCACUUUUAAUAGAAGAUGUUGGCGUUGAAUUAGAUCCGGUGAUAGACAAUGUCCUGGAAAAAAAUUUCAUAAAAUCAGGGUCAAUAGAAAAAGUCAUUGUAGGCGAUAAGGAAUGUGAUGUUAUGCGUGGUUUUAUGCUUUAUAUUACUACAAAGCUUCCUAAUCCCCCUUAUUCCCCAGAAAUCAGUGCUAAAACUUCUAUAAUUGACUUUACUGUAACUAUGCAAGGUCUUGAAGACCAAUUGCUAGGUCGAGUUAUAUUAAUGGAAAAAUCGGACUUGGAAGAAGAACGAGUCGCUUUAUUCGAGUCUGUUAUGAAAAAUCAAAGAAGUAUGAAAGAGCUCGAAAGUAAUUUACUUUGUCGCUUAACUUCUUCAGAAGGUUCUCUGGUAGACGAUGAAGCUCUUAUACAGGUUUUACAAAUAACAAAAUCGACUGCUGAAGAAGUUAAUGAAAAGUUAAAAGUAGCCGAAGUUACUGAAAAAAAGAUUAUUAAAGCCAGAGAAGAAUUUAGAGCAGUGGCAGCGAGAGGUUCCAUAUUGUAUUUCUUGAUAGUUGAGAUGAGCAAUGUUAAUAUUAUGUAUCAAAAUUCGUUAAAACAGUUUCUUACCAUAUUUGAUAACUCUAUAACAAAGUCUACUAAAAGUAACGUUACAGAAGAACGCAUCAAUCUAAUUCUGAAAUACUUAACGCAUGAAGUGUGGGCUUUUACUUUACGUAGUUUGUACGAGAGACACAAAUCGUUAUUCACUUUGAUGUUGGCUAUGAAAAUAGAUUGCCAACGCGGACUUAUUGCUCAUGACGAGUUCAUGGCAUUCGUUAAAGGCGGUGCUUCUUUAGAUUUAAACGCAGUUACUCCGAAACCUUUCAGAUGGAUCUUAGAUAUAACAUGGUUAAAUUUAGUAGAAAUUAGUAAGAUCAAAGUAUUUUCCGAUGUUUUGAGUAAGAUAACGAGCAAUGAAAAAGAGUGGCGUGUUUGGUAUGAGAAAGCAAAACCUGAAGAAGAAGUUAUUCCCAGCGGAUACCAUGAAAGCCUCGAUGUUUUUCGAAAACUUUUACUCAUCAGAUCAUGGAGCCCGGAUCGCACACUUUCACAAGCUAGAAAGUACAUCGUUGAUUCGCUCGGUCCAGAAUAUGGCGAAGGAAGAAUUCUCAACCUAGAAGCUACGUGGGAAGAAUCAGAACCUCGGACUCCACUUAUUUGUAUACUUUCAAUUGGAUCCGACCCUUCUGCACAAAUUGCAUCAUUAGCUAAACAUAAAGAAAUAGUUUUGAAAGCAGUUUCCAUGGGUCAAGGUCAAGAAAUCGUUGCCCGUAAAAUGAUAUCUGAUUCUAUGUGUGACGGAGGUUGGGUACUCUUACAAAAUAUUCAUUUAUCACUGCCUUUUUGUGUAGAAGGUAUGGAUGCAUUAAUCGAAACGGAACAUAUACAAGAAUCAUUUCGUCUUUGGCUAACCACUGAAGUACACACUGACUUUCCAAUAGGGCUUUUGCAAAUGGCCAUCAAAUUUACGAACGAACCUCCUCAGGGUAUAAGGGCCAGUAUGAAAAGGACAUAUCAAAAUAUAACGCAGGACACGUUAGAUUAUUCAUCUUUAUCCCAAUGGCCACCUCUUUUAUAUGCAGUGGCAUUUUUGCACACUAUUGUUCAAGAAAGAAGAAAAUUCGGUCCUUUGGGAUGGAAUAUACCAUACGAAUUCAAUCAAGCCGAUUAUGCAGCGAGCGUACAAUUUAUACAAAAUCAUCUGGAUGAAAUAGAUCCCAAAAAAGGUAUUUCGUGGCCUACAAUCUGUUAUAUGCUUGGAGAGGUUCAAUAUGGUGGUCGAGUUACCGAUGACUUCGAUAAACGUUUACUCACAACAUUUACUAAUGUGUGGUUUUGCGAUGUACUACUCAGACCGGGUUUUGAGUUUUACAAGGGCUAUAAAGUACCCCAAACGAGAAAUUUGCAGGGUUACGUAGAUUAUAUCAAUCAGUUGCCGCUGACUGAUACACCUGAGGUGUUCGGCUUGCAUGGCAAUGCCGAUAUAACUUAUCAAAUUAACAGCGCAAAAGAUAUAUUAGACACCAUACUGAGUGUACAACCCAAAGAAGGUGGCUCUCAAGGCGGGGAAACGAGAGAAAGUAUAGUGUAUCGGCUAGCUGAAGAUAUGUUAGAGAAAUUACCUAAACAAUAUAUAACCUUUGAGGUAAGAGAAUCUCUUCAGAAAAUGGGCGCUUUUCUACCGAUGAACAUCUUUUUAAGACAAGAAAUAGACCGCAUUCAACUGGUUAUUAAAACGGUUCACACGACACUUUGCGAUCUAAAGUUAGCGAUUGACGGGACUAUUGUAAUGAGCCAAGCGUUGCGGGAGUCUCUCGAUGCCAUGUACGACGCCCGAAUUCCCCAAUCGUGGUCAAAGGUAUCAUGGGAGUCGGCAACUUUAGGUUUUUGGUACACGGAACUUUUGGAGCGUGAACAACAAUACCGUGCCUGGUUACGAAAUGGCAGACCUAGUGCUUUCUGGAUGACAGGCUUUUUCAACCCUCAGGGCUUCCUCACCGCAAUGAGACAGGAGGUGACUCGUAGUCACAAAGGCUGGGCAUUGGACUCCGUAGUACUCCAAAAUCACAUUACAAAGCUGAAUCGAGAGGAUGUCCAUGAAGGGCCUACUGAAGGUGUAUACGUACACGGACUGUUUCUGGAAGGAGCAUCACUGGACAGAAAAUCCGGAAAGUUGAUCGAAUCCAAGGCUAAAGUUCUGUAUGAACAAAUGCCGGUCAUCUAUAUAUUUGCCAUCAACACAACCGCGGGGAAGGACCCCAGGCUGUACGAGUGUCCGAUCUACAGGAAACCGCAACGAACUGAUGCCAAGUACAUCGGCUCUAUCGACUUUGAAACUGAUAGCAAUCCUCGACACUGGACGUUGCGCGGCGUGGCCCUUUUGUGUGAUAUUAAAUAA